GAGGACUAUGGCCAGUUGCUGAUAGAUUCCAGCCUUAGCCCAAGCCUUGAACGUCAAGCAGGGUAUUGGAGAAAAUCGUUGCCAAGGUCAGGCACGAGCAAAAACACAUUAUGGCUAAGGAUCUGUGUAGACUUUGGGCAUGCUCGCUGUGUUUGUAGCUGGAGGAAAUGAGCUUCUUGCCAGCUAUUUGCCAGAGCAUGAGAAGUGCAAGUUGGUGGAGGAGUUGACUUUCUGCUUCGAUGUCAUCACUGUUGACACCUUGCUAUCGGGUGAGAAGUACACAAAAGCAGAAAUGCCAGUGGUGUUGGUGACAACUCCAUCCUCUUUGCUAGCCUUGGUGAAGCAGCGCCAGGCCAAAGGCACCAUGAGACCUUUGGCUGAAACGUUGAAGAUCUUGAUCCUGGAUGAAGCAGACUUGAUGUUCUCCUUUGGCUACGAAGAGGAUGUGAAAUCGCUUUGUGCCCUGAUGCCGCCACAGUAUCAGGCCAUUCUGGUCUCUGCUACUUUAUCAGAGGAGGUCCAGCAGCUGAAGGGCCUGAUGUUGCACAAGCCUGUCGUGCUAAAGUUGGAGGAGCCCAGAGUGACUGGGAAGCUAUCGCAAUUCUACUUCAUUUGCCACAAGACAGACAAGUAUCUCAUUCUCUACACGCUGCUGAAGCUGCAGCUUAUUUCCGGCAAAACGCUCAUUUUUGUGAAGAGCAUCGAUGGUGCAUACCGCCUGAAGAUACUGCUUGAACGCUUCAGUAUCAACUCAGCUGUUCUCAACUCUGAGCUUCCGCACGCCAGUCGGCAAAACAUUCUCGACACCUUCAACCAGGGUCUUGUGGAGUUGCUGAUUGCCACAGAUGAAGGUCUUGGAGGGAACCAGGCGAUUGAAGAAGAGGAGGAUGAGGGUGACUGGGAAGAAGGUGAGGAAGGCGAGGAAGAGGAGCUUGAUGGAGAUGAGGAGGAAAAAAGCGAAACAGAGGAGACUGCGGUGAAGCUGGAGGCAUCGGGCCCGCGGAGGUCUGCCUUGAGAACUUCUAAAACCAAGGAUGCCGAAGAGAGGGUAGCAACGCCAACUUGUCAAGCUGAAGAAGACGAAGAAGUGGAAGAGGAAGAGGAAGAGGAGGAGGAGGAGGAAGAAGACGGGGAAGAAGUGGAAGAGAAAGCCACCGAGCAGAACCAAAAGGGCAAACAAGAGGUGAAGAAGACGGUGAAGCAGCCACAGCAGUCCCGCAGAGCUAAGGCCGAUGAUCAAUAUUCUUUGACAAGAGGAGUUGAUUUGAACAAUGUCACCACUGUGCUCAAUGCAGAUGUCCCAACAACAGUUCGCGACUACGUCCAUCGAGUCGGGCGCUGUGCUCGUGGUGGUGCCAGUGGCACUGCGUUGACGCUUUGCACCUAUGAGGAGGAGCCUCAACUUCAGAAGAUAAUUCGAGCACAGAAUGCUGCAGGAGGCACCGGUCCUCUGCAGCCCUUGCCCAUGCAGAUCUCGGACGCAGAGCGCUUUCGCUAUCGAGUAGAAGACAUGGCACGAGGUCUGACCAAAAAAGUCGUGGCAAAGUACCGCGCACGAGAGCUUCAGCUCGAGGCUCUUCACUCAGACAAGUUGAAGGCGUACUUUGAUGAUCAUCCAGAUGACAAGGUUGCCUUGCAAAGGAUGCAACGGCAACUGCGAGAGAAGAAAUCAAUCAGAGCCCAUUUGAAAACUGUGCCGUCUUACUUGGUGCCAGAAGACUUCACCAACUCCACUCCGGUGCAGAAGGCAGUGCGUGACGUCAAUAAGGCGAAGGGCAAGAUCUCUGGACACUUGAGAAGGAAGCGAAUCAUGAAAGCCAAACAGCAGGAUCCAUUGCAGAGCGAUACAGGUCCUCAAAAAAGACGUGAUCGCUUCACAAGAGAAAGGGCUUUGGCGAUCGAACGGAGAUUGGAUCCAACCACAGUGAACGUCGAGGCUUUGCCAGCGCUCUCUCGGCACAAGCUUUGGAAGCUUCAACAUGGCAAACGUGUUCGGAAGAACACUGAUGUGCUGGGUGAACGUCGUCGACUACCUUUCGCUCAGAGAAAGCGGCAGAAGAAGUUUUCUACUGCAUAGCUGCACGUGCUGUGCAGCCAGGCAUCAAUUGUUAACGUCGACUGCAGCGCAUGGACUGGGCAAGCAAUCUGAACUUCACGAGUUUCCAGGGUGCAAAUAAGACCCGCAUGCCCUGCUGGUUUCACACGAAGAAUGCUCCGAGAGGAGGCUUCGGA